AUGGCAUCUCCAACAUCCUUGCAGCCCUCAAGCCUCGGCUCAUCCGCAACAGGCGCUGCAAGAGACUCGAUAGGCUUUCGCUACCCGCCAAUCCACGCAUUCCCACCAUUCUACACACUCCAACCCAAUCCUGUCUCUCGUGGUCAGCAACUAUCACAAUGGCGCACAUUGAUAUUGGACUACUGUCGCUGCCAUCGCAUCUUCUCCCUAUCGCCUCUGCCGGCCACAUCCGAUGGCGUGGUAAGCGAGGAAGCGGCGGAUCCACACAAGAGUCUAUUCGCCAACAAGUCAAUACAGCGUUCCCUCUCGCCCGAAUCAAUACGGCAAGUGCUGGCCGACCUUGUGGAGCACAAGCAAGCGGCAUGGGAAGAGCAACUUACAUCCAAAGCCAAAAGUACUGCCAGCGUAGGAGCAAAUGCAAAAGCUUUCAUCUACUGGAAGUCUCCCGCACAAUGGGCAGACGCGAUAUACCAAUGGGUCCUGCAAACAGGUCAGAACAAGAGCAUCAUGACGCUCUUCGAGUUGAAUCAGGGCGACUUGGUGCAAGAGUUCUACGAGCUGCCCUUGCCGAUGCUCAAGCAAGCACUCAAACAUCUUAGUUCGCAAGGCAAAGCUCAGAUCUUUGCCGGUACCGAAGCAGAUGAUGGUCAAGGUGUCAAGUUUGUCUAA